GUUGUGUAGACGCAAAUCGACCUAACGUGGCUAAAUUCGACCUAACCCCGUAGUGUAGACCAGGGCUUUGAAACAUUUAGCUGGAGGGUCUUAUCAGGAACCUGUUUGUUUUUCCCACCUCCUAUCAAACCAAACCUGCAUUUUCAUACAGUAAACAUCCUGAUAAACAAGUCAACACAUAAUAUUCCUAAAUUAUCUCAGACAACUCUAAAUCUAUCCCAUAGGAUAAAUAAUGUUCUGAGUUGCUGAGAUUCUAUUGGAAAUGCACAGCACACUGUAAUAUGAUACUUCUUUCAUACAAGGUACAGGAGAAUCUGGGUCCCAGUGGAGCUAUCAUUUAUUUUGGGUUUGGAACUGCAGUAUCUGUUGCUUCAGAGUUUCAUAUCUCAGUAUGUUGUGUCCCAAUGGCAUUAUCUUUUUUUCCUCUUCGUAGGUUACGGUUUUGAGCUAUGACAUCACUUCUACAAAGCUGGCUUUGCAAGAUGGUAGAAGAAAACCUAGAGAAAAGGACUAAAAAGUACUUUAAAGAAAAUAUCCCCUAAGCAUUCCAUCAGCAUAAUUUUGCACUGUUGCUAUUGUUGAACAAUCACAUUAUUCUUGUUGGACAAAUGCAUUUUGAAUGCUAAAAUUUGGGAUGUGGGAAAAAGAGAAAUAUGCAAAACUGACAACCAGUAAACCACAGAAUAUGGUUACUUUUGCCUGUCAUCAGCCUGGAUCUGUGUUUAUGCUGAAAGUUCAAGUAAAUGACAUCAUCAGUCAUCAGUACCUACCCCAAGCAAUUGUAGAAGUGUUUGUUAACUACACAAAGACAAAUUCCACCCUCACCGGAAACAAUGGAGUAGUAUUGAUAAAAGUUCCCUACAAGUUAGGUCUAAGUUUAACUAUUGCAUCUUACAAAGAGGGCUACAUGUUAACACCAUUGCCUUGGAAGACUGGGAGAAUGCCAAUAUACUCAUCUGUAACACUUUCACUGUUCCCACAAAGCCAAGCUAAUAUAUGGUUGUUUGAAGAUACAGUUCUAAUCACUGGAAAACUGUCUGAUGCCAAAUCUCAACCAAGUGUUCAGUUUCCCAAAAUUUUAAUAAAACUUCCUGUAAGCCACCAUAUUACAAACGUGACAGCCUAUUUGACAGUGCCACAGCAGUUUUUGAAAGUGGACAAUUUUCUGUAUACAACAGGAAUUCUUCUAAAUAAAUCAGGUUUUAAAAGCAUUGAAUUGACCCCUCUUGCUGCAAUAUGUGUAAACCUCCUUUCAGCUGGGAAAGAAUUGAAAGUGACUGGUCCAAUUCAUAUUACGCUGCCUCUUCUACCAACAAGUAGGGUAAAAUCAGGAGAUGCUAUACCUGCAUGGACAUUUGAUAUGAAAACUGGUGCCUGGGUAAAUCGUGGGCUGGGAAUGGUGAAGAAUGCAAAUGACCAUUUAGUAUGGACGUAUGUUGCGCCGCACUUGGGAUACUGGGUAGCAGCGCCAGUGCCUGGAACCAGAGACUCUAUUGUUAAUGCAGUUUCCAAGGACAUAACAGCCUAUCACACAGUGUUCCUUACAGCCAUACUUGGAGGUACUAUAGUCAUUAUCGUUGGAUUCUUCACUGUUCUUCUCUGUUACUGCAGGGAUAAAUGUGGCCAAUCACAUAGGAGGGAAAAAAAUACAACUAAACUGGAGGUCUUAAAAAAAGACCAGACAACAUCAACAACUCACAUAAAUCACAUCAGUGCUGUGAAGGGGUCAGUAAAGCUAGAGGAUAAGUCACAAUUAUACAUGCCCAAGCUUUCCUCCUAUAGCCCUCACAGAAAGACUUCUAUGGAAACAGAGGACAAAAAAGCCUGGGACAAUUUUAAAAUCUACACAGAAAAUGUUUCAUAUCAAUCAUCCAAUCAGAGUGGUCACUUGAGGAAUUCAGCCCAGUCCUUGGAGCCUAAUGUUGGAGUUAGACAAUUACAGCAGCCAAAGCACAUUAACAGCAGUGUUUCUCAAUCUCCCAGGGACAUUCAAGACCAAAACCGAUAUCUUGCAGUGAACGAAGAGAUGUAUGGGCUUUCCCAUAUCCCAGAACAACUAAUGCAUAUUUACAGUCAGCCUGUUGCCAUCCUUCAAACCUCUGACCUGUUCCACUCUCCGGAGCAAUUGCAUGUGGCUAAGUCAGCUACUUUGCCAAGAAAAGGGCAAUUAGUCUACAGCCCAAUGAUGGAGCCCACGAAUCGAAACAGCUAUAUACAGACACUACCCAAAAUGCCAAUGCACUCUCCACUCCAGCCCCCCACUUCCAGAGAUGAGAGAGCCACAUUAGAUGGUCAACAGGGCUUAUCUUCACAAACUUCAAACUGGGGUCGGUAUACCAAUAAUUUGCUGGAGUCUGUCUCUGUUCCUGGGACACUGAACGAAGCAGUUAUGACACCAUUUUCAUCUGAACUUCAAGGUAUUUCAGAGCAAACGUUAUUGGAGCUUUCUAAAGGAAAACCAUCCCCACACCCCAGAGCAUGGUUCGUGUCACUAGAUGGAAAGCCAGUCGCUCAAGUGAGGCACUCUUUUAUAGAUCUGAAAAAGGGCAGGAAAACAGAAAGUAAUGACACCAGCCUGGACUCUGGCGUGGACAUGAAUGAGCAUCAUCCCAGUCGAAAACUGGAGAGAGAGAAAACUUUCAUUAAAAGCAUGCAUCAUUCUAAGAUCCUUUAUUUGGAAGAUUUGGAUCUGAGCAGCAGCGAAAGUGGGACCACUGUUUGUAGCCCUGAUGAUCAGUCUGUGAGACACCUAUUGGACGGAGGAAGUAGGCAGGUCCUAGAACAGCACACUGAAGAACCACCUCGGAAAAAAAACACAACAAAAGGUCAUGAGUCCAAUACUCCUCCAGCUAAAAAAAGAGGUAGACCACCUGUAACUAAGAAAGAUAGUCAAACCAAUAUCUGGAAAAAAAGAGAGGAGAGACCACUGAUUCCUAUAAAUUGAAACACAGUGUGUUCAGUGUUCUUGCUUUAUUCUAGCAGUUUAUGCACUCUUUCCUCUUUGCUUCUUGUAAAUUUGCAAUGUUGGAUUUAUAAGGAGCAGUCAAAAUGGUUUUCUAGUAUCAGGUAAAGUUACAUUUCUUAACGUGCAGACUAAGGAUUAUGAUUUCAACAGAGCAUUGGAUAUAAAAUGUGAAUUUGUCACUAAGAAAUGCUACAAUGGUUUGUUUAAAUUUUUCAUUCUUGGGGUACACCUCUUGGGGUGCACAGUUAGAAAUUUAGGCACUCAGAAAAAGAAAGUAUUUUAUUUUUUGUAGGCAUAUUUCUGGGUAGCGAUUGUUAAAAAGUUUCCAAAAUCUUGUCCCUAACUGGAGUGACCAGCAGGCUAUUGUGUAGUAUUUACACAUAACUUUUACUGGAGCCCUGACCGUAGUAAUUCCUGUUUUGUAUAAAGUUUCACCACAUUAGUCUCAAUGUGUUCUUGGAAAUAAUCAGGGACUUGGUAUCAACUCCAGACACUUGUUAAGUCUGCAAAAAUCUUCCCUUUCAUGUGUUACUCAAUGCAUAUUGAGUCAAAUUUGGCUCUCUAUCAUAGGCUAUUCCUGAUUCACAAAGGUGUAUUUAGGAUAAAACUUGAUGUCUAAUGAAAAUACUUUUGUAAAUAUGAGCAAAUGGCGCCUUUUGCAGAAAAGGUACUUUUAGAAGGAAUGACCUGUACUGUUAAGUUCAUUCAUUUUUAAAAGUUUUUAAAAACAAAUAGUAAAUUUGAUCACAUUGGCUAACGUGCCUCUUUUUUGCUACUUUUGUUAGUAGGCCAUGCAGCACAGAGGUGUUAAACAGGCUUAAAAAAAAACCUGAUUGUUUAGACUUUUGAGUUUAUGGAAGCUGAGCUCCAUACUUGGUCCACAGUACAACAGAGACACUUGAUUAUGAGUUAUUACUAAGUUAAACAGCUACCAAAAGUUGUGAAUGCAUGAGAUGUAACUUACAUAUGUACAGAGGAAGGAAAUGUCCAUCAAAAUAUAUUUUUUGUUUUAAAUGGUCAUUUUGUCAAAGUGAUAGAUUUAGCUUUGGCUAACAGAAAAGUAGACUCACACUUUUUAAUGUGCUUCACAUGAAACAGAAUAUUUCCUAUGACCUUUAAGAUGUUUCUCUGAAGAAAUAAGUCACAGCAUUUUGGCUUUGGCAAUUUGAUUAUAAAGGAUUGCUUUAAAAAGUGUUAUAGUAGAAAAUUCCUUUUAAAGAAAAAAAAAGCUUUUUAUUGUCUAUAUAAUAAAUAUGGUUGAAGUAACACAACCAAAAUAUAUAUAUACGCUAUGGACCUGGGCUGCAGUCAUCUUCACUCAGGAAACAAUACCAUCAAACUCGGUUAACACCUUUGUCUUUUGGGUGUUGGUACCAUUCCUUCUUUUACUAGAAGAAUUUGCAAACCAAAUAGCAAACAAUACCAUGUUUCUGACUCUUCCUAGUAUGCCAUUGCUUCCUGAACAUAUGAAAUCCUUAUCGAUCCCAUGAAUAUAACAAUGAAAAAUAAAAUGUUCAGAGAGAAAUAUUAAAUAUGGUAAGUAGAUUAUUGUUUGGCCAACAGAAAAAUAAAUCUGAAAGAUUACACAAGUCAUCUGCCUUACAGCUGAGUGUGGGUAUUUGCCAAGUUUGCUUGCCUUUGGUAAUGUGUUUUGAUUUGUGUAACUAAUUAUUCAUAUAAAAAUGUUUAUAACAUAUAUCCUUCAUCAAGUUCCACCCUCUGGAUGGAAUUGUUUUCUCUGAUGGAUUCAUAAUGGUUAAAUAAUCAACCACACUUCAAAACAGAUAUACAUUUAAAAGACUAUUUGAAUGUCAAGCUUAUAAGUUAUUGUCACUGUCAGUGCUUUCAUUGUUGCACCAGUUUUGUUCAGUCCUUCAAAUACAGAACCAGGGUUUACAUUGAUACUAAUAUAAUGUCCUUGAUACCCCCAAAAUCAGACUUGGAGCACCCCCACAAUGGUUUGCCUAUUCCAGUAACUCUGUUGUCUGUUUUGGUACAUAAAAGGAGGUGGCCCACCCUAGAGGAAUAGCUAGGGUUUUACCAGGAGUUCCCCUAUGACCUUCAGGAAACUCUCCAGAACUAACUAACUUUGUUUACCCUUGGGAGGAUGGAUACAGCCUUCCGCUUAAAGGAUUGACACUUAGGCAGUAGUCAUUGAAAACAAAAUAUUCUCUAUUUAACAUACCAAUAUUCCUUAAUACAAUAGAUCUUAAAAGCAUAUAUUAAGAAACAGAAACACAAAUUCUAUGAGCACAAGUAUGUACAUUAAAAUAACCAAUACUGUAGUAUCAUACAUUUGGAGGUGGCUUAAGUGAUUUCGUUCUACAUACGGUGAUCAAUCAGAUGGAUGCUGACAGCAAUUUCAAUUAAAUACUAAACUUUGUACAUAAUAACAUACAUACACACACAGGCAUCCAACUUUAUUAUCUCAAGCAUACACACAAACCUUAUAAACAAUUAUUUUAUUUCCUUAAUAUAUUUUUAUGCAUCUUAUUAGGAUCUACUGCUGCCACUCCAAUUUUUAUUAAUGUUGUUUCUAUUUUUCCCUUUAGCUAAUGGUGGCAUAUUAGCUGAGGGGAAAAAUAGUGUUCCUAAUGCUGUGCUCUGAAAUAGAGCAGCUAAAAAUCUCUCUCGUGAGUUGAGGGUUUGUCAGAUACCAGUCAAUACUGAGAAUAUGCUUCUAUGUCACUUUGUGCACUACAGCAGCUUGACACUGAUGAAUGUUAGUUUGCAGAUUCCCUUAUGGAAUUUUUGUGAAUAAAUCCAUUCUGUGGAGAAGAAAAUAAUUGAUUCCUCAAGCCUACUGUAUGUGGCUCACUAAUGGGAGUGAUAGGACACAAUAAAAUAAUGGCUUUAUUUAAUCCGUGCAAGCUCAGAGAGAUUCAGUUUGGCAUUCUGCUGUUCCCACAAGAAGUUGUUAUGCACCAAAGCUGGGAUUCACUCCCCCCAGGGAUGUGUACGUUUGUUGGGAGGCUCAGUUUUAAGUCUGGGACUCCAUAGAAGCCCAGUGGAGGCUGGCUGGGAUGUGCACUGUAUUGGUUGGUGCAUCUACCUGAUGGGCUGUGCUGGCUAGCUCCAGGUUGCCACCCCCAGCAGAGUAGGAGAUUGUACUCUUGCAUACCUCCCCCCCAACCAAACAUUGUGCUGUUUGGGCUCAUCAGGCAGAAUCUGACCAUAUAGAUGUGGCAAUACAAAGUGCCCCUUCUGAGCACAUAUGCCAGUAGUGCAUUUCAGCUGAUACCCUCAGAUCUGGUUUGUUAGGCUAACAGACCCCAGAAAAUUUGGCUUGCUUUUAGGCUUCCAGCAGCAACAUGGAUCAAAAAUAUAUAAACUUUUUUUAUGCAAAAUCAUACAGGUAGUGUUUGGACUUCAUGAGCUUAUAUGUUGGCUCAGAGGUGAAUGAGUGAUUUGUUAAAAUAGUCCCCUUUAUACACAUUUCAAGGCAAUACAUGUUGUGUGCAGUGAUGCUGUACCAUGUUGAUCAAAAGAUAUUAGAGACACAAGAUGGAUGGAUAAGGCAAUACAUGUUAAAUGACACAUUAUCUGUGUAGAUGAAGCACAUUAGGGAAAGUUGGGUGCGAUAAUGUCUUUUAUUGGAUCAACUUCUGUUGUGAAGGAGACAAGCUUUUGAGUUUACACAGAGCUCUUCAGGUCUGGGAAAUAAUCGCAACGUGCCACAGCUAAAUUAAGGUGGAAAAGCUUGUUUAGCAUAAGUAGUUAACAUAUUGUAUGGGACCAUUAAAGGUGAAGUGGCCAGGGAACACCCCUGCAGUCAUAGGACCAAAAAAAAAAAAAAAAAGUCAGAGGAUGGGUUAGUGGGUUACAGAUCAUUAUAAUAAGCCAUAAAUCCAGUGUCUGUAUUCAGUCCGUGAUUUUUAGUGUCUAGCAAUGUUAUGAAUUUAAGCUCCCAGGCUCGUCUUUUGAAGGUGUUCUGCAGCCGCAACAACACUGCAAACAUACAGAAAGCACAUGUCUAUACAACAAAGGUUCUAAGACAGUUGAAACCCCAUCUCAAGCAAUACCUUCAUUGAAGUAUCUAAAUGUUGGUUGAUACCUCUGUUGGGAUUUUCUCACUUUUACCUGGCCCUGUUCUUGUCCAGUGUCAGUACUGGGAUUUUCUGGACUAUUCCCACCAGCCAUUGGUUUGGUGAUAAUUGCAGUAGUACAUCUGUCAUAGUGGCCUUACUACACCCAUCUUUGUUUCGCAAUCUCCCACUUGCUAGCACUAGUGCUGUUUUUGUUGCUCUCUUUUGAUUUACUGGCAUGAACUGAUUAAGUAUUACUAGCAGUUGUAACGUGGUGCACUCUGUCCCAGCCCUUGUAUGCCCAGAAACCUCAGACUCUCCAGUGAGUGGCAUCUUUAUGUUAUUUAUUUAUAUUCCCACCACUGCCACCAAUACAGUCUUGUGCAGCCAAGUAUUUACAGUGGUUUCUUGCCCUGUCACCCCAGGGCCAGAGAGAAACAGAAACGUCCCUCCCUUGGGAUCUCAGAGCAUGCUGAGUUCACUAACCCAAUCUCUCCCCUUUCUUCCUGUGUCAACUUUUCUAGCCCUUAGCUAAUCAGUCUUGGGCCGAUGAACCAAUUAGCUAGCUAUCUGCCAGUGAGUCUUCUCCAGGGGAACUAAUUGGUACCUAAGUGAUCAGAGGGCUGGCUUGCUUGUUUGUCUCCAGCACUCUCACAACAGUGAGACAUGUCAAGUGGCUUUGCUACAUUAUCCUUGUUUGCUACAUUUUUGUGCUUGUAGACCAGAAGGUCUGUAGUACUUAGCUCAGUGGUUGGAUUUCCUUUAUUUUUUCUCACCCUUUAAGAUGUCAGAAGGGUAUAAAAGACUGACCUGUAACAGGCCCAGGGGAAAAAUAUUGGCCACAGACUCCGAAGAGGAAGGGUCAUAUUAAGGCAAUUAAGGGCCCUAGGUGCACCAUGAUAUUAACCCUUCCUGCUCACAUGCCAUGGCCCCACCUCACACAGAAUGGCAGUCAUAAGAUGCCCCCUCUGCUUCCCCAUGGCCCCAGGCUUCAACUAAUGUUUCACCUUUACCUCAGGGCUCUUCUAUGUUCAGGCCCAGCAGCCAGCCAGGAGCUCUUUCUCCUCUGGUCACUGCCAGCAGUGAGCUGUCUGUGGUGCUGCAGUCCUUCAGCCUGCUAGGAGCACUGUAUACUCCUCAGGCUCCAAACAGCAACUGCCUGAUAGUACCUCUGCAGCUUCUUUUGUAUGGGUCUGCAAACCCCUGAUUGGCUUCUCCCUGCAGUCUUUCCCUAAUUGGCUGCCUCCUGAACAGUCUCUCUAGGCCAUUUGGAGGACUUAGUUCCACUGCUCUUUUCUGGGACGGGGUGUGGUAGAACAGCAGGAGACCUCUGAGCCUGGUACACCCCAUCACAGGGCUGUUGUCAUACAAGUGUGCAAGGCCAUUAAGUAUCUCCUGCUAUGCAGGAAUGUGACUAUUAGUAACAGCAGAACAUAACGUAUUGGUUUGCAGCAAUGGGGUUCCUAAACUGCAGAGCAGCGAUAGAUGGCACGCAUAUCCCUAUUUUGGCAUAAGACCACCUUGUCACAGAGUACAUCAACAGAAAGGGCUAUUUCUCUACAGUUAUGCAAGUGUUGGUGGAUUAUUGGAGAUGCCUCGCUGACCUCAGUGUGGUCUGGUCAGGGAAGGUGCAAGACACUUGCAUUUUUAAGAACAAGGACGGUUCAGAAAGCUGCAAACAGGGACAUUCUUUCACCUGCUGAUAUUGAAAUACCCAUAGUGAUUCUGGGGGACCCAACUUACCCCUAGCUCCCCUGGCUCUUGAAGCCAUACACUAGCCACCUUGACAGCACCAAGGAAAGAUUUGACUACCAGCUUAGGAAAUGCAGAAUGGUAAUUGAAUGUGCUUUUGGUAGAUUGAAGGUGUGCAGGCAUUGUUCACUCACAAGAUUGGAUCUCUGAGAAAAAUAUCCCAAUCAACAAUCCUGGGCUUGUCUCCUUUUGCAGUCUUUGAAAAACUCAAGUAUAGCACCUCCCUGUGCCUUCCCCCAACAUUUCAUGUAGCAUCGGGCUGCAUCCCUACCACUCUACUCAGACACAGCUUCACAUACACUGACCUACGAAAGCCAGGGCUGAUGUGUGCAUGGGUAAAAUGCACAGGAACAUUCCUUCCUCUUUAAGCUCUGUUUCAUAAAUUUAAGGUUUUAAUGUAUUUGUUUUUAACUUGCACUGAAUUUUUUCUGAAGUGUUUUUGUUACUCAAUAAAACUUUGUUUGGAAAACAAUUCAUCUUUAUUAGUUCCCAACAUAUGCUGCAGAGUGCCUGGUGACAGCAAAAGCACUCACUUGACUUAUUAUUACAUACUGUGACAACUUGUAGGAUCAGUGACGAACACAGUGUAAUAAUGAUAAAUAUACAGUAAGAACCACAAAAUUAAUAGGUGCAUUGACAGUGUUAUAUUAAUAGAUGUGCACCAAGCACAUCGUAGUUCCUAAUAAGCUUGCAAACUGCAGGGCGAGGUACGCCACAAUGCAUUGCUGUGGCUCACUGUUAAAGCGCUCUUUCAGAGCUUCCCUAUACCGAUAGCUUCCUGUUGAACUAUUCUGAUAGCCCUUUUGUUUGACUGUUCAAACUCAGCAGAUAGGCAGUCAAUCCCUGCCCUCCAUCCUGGUGGCAACUCUUCUCCCUUUGUUUCACAGAUACUAUGCAGGACACAACAGGCAGCGUUAACGAUCUUGUAGGUCCACAAGAGUCCUGCAGCUUCUGUGUUUGUUGCUGGAGAAGCCCCAUUAUCACCUGGUGCAUCUCCAUUUCUUACCUGCUGGGACUCCUGGGUCUUUCUCUUGUUCUUUCCUUUUGCAUACAGUAUUCAUCCUCCAGAGCCUCUGUUCACUGGCUUGUAGACUCUCAUUGAAUGUCUCAUCCCAAGUCCUUUUCUUUCUCUUCCUUAUUUGGCCCAGGUGUUCCGUGGGGGUGGGGGGAACCCCUCAAGGCUGCAAUGGCAGCAGCUGCAGAUAAAACACACCAGAGAUACCAUUCUCAGGAUAGUCGCAACAGAAGGCAAAAGUUGAGAUUCAGACCUCCCUUCCCUUCCUCCCUAAAGUUAUAAACAAGACAUGGUCAUUGUCCACAUUUCUACAGCUGCUUCUCCCCACAGGCCCAGGAGAGCCAAUAUCUUCUGUGUACUCGGGCAGGUGCACGUCUGGAGCCUGUAGCUAGCAUAAUCAACUAUGCUGUUGCAUGCAAUUGGAGAGCUGCUAGGUGUGCUUUUUGAAAUGGACAAUCAAGAAAAGGAGUUUAAAAAAUUCAUGGAGUUUUAAAGGGGGAGGGCUUCUAGUCUCCGUGACCCCGGGCAGUGAAGUUCACAAUUGUGAUCAGAGCGGCCGGUGUUGGGCAUUGUAAAAGAACGCCAUCUCUGAGAAGCAGGAUUCUUCAAAAGAUUAUUAUUGCCGUUGCCUCAUGUAAUGAAAAACUAGGUAUCACUUACUCUGAGCAUAAACACUAGGAGUUAAGAAUGUGUGUGCACAAAUGUACCUUUUGUAUUUCCCCUGAGGGUCAGAUUUCGUCAGAUGCAUGGGGCAGACUUCAAAUAAGUAACUUUAUAGGUUUUUUCCCCUGUGGCUGCAGUGUGUGACUUAAGGAGCUCCAGAAUUUUCCCACUUCAGAGUAGCACACCAGUUUCAAAUCUCUUCUGCCUUGUAUAAGGUAGGCUAAUGGAGUCCCUAAAAAAAAAAAAAAAAAAAGUAAUUUAGUCAUGUGUUUUUUAUGCAAUAUAGCACAUUUUUCAGACCAAACACUUCUUUGUAAUGAAGAUAAGUGACUAUGUUGCAGUAAACUGAGAAUAUUAAACUUACUGAUGUUUUCUUAGGCGCCAAAUGGAGGUAGUUUUCUGUUAACUUGGCAAACACCAUCAUGUAUAGGCAAACACCACAGGAGAGGAAUUGUUUAUUCCUGAUGUGAGGGGACUGUUGUCUAAUCAAGAAUGUACAUAGAGGGUUCUGAUUAGAACAUAACUAUGUUUGGCAUCCUGUUCUAUGUUUGACAUCCUGAAAAAAAUACUUGGGUACUGCCAGAUUUACUAGUCGAACAGUGAGCAUGUUCGAGUAAUGCAGAUCUGGAGAAGCUUCCCACAACCAGACCCUCGCAACAAAAUCCAUGAUGCAAGAAGGAAAAUAUUUUGUUUGAGUUCCACGGUCUUGCUCACGUGCAGUGAUUUGUACCAAAGAGGAGGAAAUUGCCUGUGGAUAUUCCACAAUAAUUGAAUUCACCCUCUCGUUGUCAGUCUUUUUCAUUAAUUAUAAUAAAAACAAAGUGGGUUAAUGGUAAAUUUUAACGUAGCAGUCUACAAGUUAAAAUGCAGUUACUUCUGAAAUAAGAUGACUUUCAAUGAGUAGUACUGUAUUUGGAACCCUUUACACGGAUAGAGUAAACAACCCAGGCAUGGAAGAGCUGAAGAAAGUAAACUAGCCUGCUAAAGUGCCUUUCUUUUUCCCCAAAGAAUUAUUUUAUCGGUCGGACGCUCCACUAUAUGAAAAGCACACGUAAAUUUUUUUCUGUUAGCCAAAAAAGAUCAUGACUAAAACUAUGUAGUUUCUGUAGUUUUUGAAAGACAAAUCUAGUGUUUCAUGUUGGAACAUUGCCUCCUGCAUGUAGAUAACAACACUUGUUUGCUGUAAGCCAUGUUUUUACAUUUUCUAUUCGGGAAGUGUUAAGAAAAUGUUUGUUGGAAAGAAGUCAGAAAUUAUCAAUGAAAUCACAUCUCUCCAGGGAUUUCAACAGUCAAGGAUUUUUUUAAACACACAGGGCCUGAUUCUGAUCACACCUCCUUAAAUCAGGGAGUAAAUGUGUUGAAAUCCAUUGAUGUCAAAGUAUAAAACUGAUUUAAAUGAUCUUGAUAUCAGAUCUAAUACAUUUAUUAUCUCAAAUGGAAUGUACACAUAACUAAAAAAUUAUACAUCCUACUUUAAGUGCUGAGCUACCUGGCUAGCAGGAGGUAGAAGCAGUAUGGAGACAGGUAUUUUAUGACUUACAAUGAGGGAGCUAAUUUUAAUCACACUUUUGAGCCUGACCCUGCAUUGCUUAUGUACUCCAAGUGCCCCCACUGACUUCCCAGACAUUGAAUUUAGUGGGCCUUUGGGCAUGCAAGAGAUACAGGAGUAGGCCCAUCAUGUUUAAAAAGUGAGGAUGCUAUUCUCGAAAUUGUUCGUAUUAAAAUGUAAAUGUGUGUUACUCUUUUGGCCGUAGGCACUCUGCAUUCUGCUAAGGAUUUGGGAUAUUAUAGCCGUUUUUUAAUGAUAAACACUUUUAUCCAAGCUUUUUUAUUUACUUUUAAAAGAAGUAUUAAAUAUUUCCUGCUAAAAAUCUGAAGCCAUUCACCCCUUUGUAGUAAACCUUUUAAAAAACAAAAAACCAAACAAAAAAAAUUUAUGUAGUAAUUCAUGUUCUCAACAUUUUAAAGUUUAAAAAUUAGUUUUUACCAACUGAAAUUUCCGUAAUUUUAGUCACAAAUUAAGAUUUAAUAAAUCUCUAUACAUGUUUUCCAAGUACUUGGAUAUAUUAUUCCUCAAUUGAACUGAUAGAUUCAGUUAAAGCAUAAUAUGAUGUUAGACUUUAAUGCAUAUUAUGAUGUCAAGUCUUUUGUAACUAUUUUUACAGCAUCUUUGCAGCUGUGUUGGGGAAAGGGCCCUUUUUAAUGCUCACUAGAGCAUGAAGCUCACAAAGAGUCCAAUUCUGUGAGAUGAUGAAUCCCAUGGAGCUGAUGGCACAGGAAGUGCUUAGCAUCUUGCAGGACUGCGCCUUAAAUGUUGAACAAGCACUUCAUUGCCUUGGCAAUCAUUUUCAAACACACAGUCUUGUAAACAUUUAUUUUCUAUUUCAAACGUAAUUGACAUUUUGCAUCCCUCUUUUUAGGUGUUUCUAUCUUUUUUGUAUCCUUUUGUCAGGUGUCUUAAUGUCUCAGAGUAUUUACUACAGUACUACUCUAUUUAUUGCUGAAAAUGUAAUUAAGAUUUGUAAAACAUUAUAGCUCAUGCAAUAUAAUAAAAUAGUUUUUAAAAGUUA